AUGGGUUACCCCGAGACUGCCGAGGGCUUCAUGAUCCACGACCACAAGAAGUGGUCCGACUUCAAGAAGGGCGAGUUCAAGCUCAAGAAGUUCGAGGAGCACGAUGUCGACAUUGCCAUUGAGGCUUGCGGUGUUUGCGCUUCCGACCUUCACACCAUCACUGGAGGCUGGGGUGAUGCUCCCCUUCCUCUUUGCGUUGGCCACGAGGUCAUUGGCAAGGUUGUCAAGGUUGGCGACAAGGUCACCAACUGCAAGNUCGGUGUUGGUGCUCAGAUCGGUGCCGACUUGACCUGUGACAACUGCAAGGCUGACCAGGAAAACUACUGCCCUAACUCCAUCGACACCUACGGUGCACCCUACUCUGACGGCACCAUCUCGCAAGGUGGUUAUGCCUCGCACAUUCGUGCCAACGACUACUUCGUCUUCAAGAUCCCCGACAACCUCGAGACUUCGAUCGCUGCUCCCAUGCUCUGCGCUGGUCUUACCGUCUACUCUCCUCUUGUCCGCCUCGGCGCUGGUCCCGGCAAGAAGGUCGGUAUCAUCGGAAUUGGUGGUCUUGGUCACUUCGCUCUCCUGUGGGCCAAGGCUCUCGGUGCUGAGGUCUACGCCAUCUCUCACUCUCCAAGCAAGAAGGAGGACGCCCUGAAGAUGGGUGCCAAGGAGUUCAUCUGCACCAAGGACAAGGGCUGGAACGAGCCUUACAAGUUCGCCUUCGACUUUGUCAUCAACACUGCCGACGCCAUGGACCAGUUCAACCUCGACGACUACUUCCAGCNNACCCUCAAGGUCUGGGGUAAGUUCCACAUGGUUGGUUUCGGCGACAAGCCCAUCCCCACCCUCAUGGCCCAGCAGUUCGCUGGAAACGGCUGCUCGAUCGGUGCCUCGCACAUCGGUAACCGCCCCGAGAUGGAGGCCAUGCUUGAGCUCGCCUCGAAGCAGAACAUCAAGUCGUGGGUCGAGACCAUCGACGUCAGCGAAGAGGGCUGCAAGACUGCCCUUGAGCGUCUGUCGAAGAACGACAUCAAGUACCGCUUCACCCUCGUCAACUUCGACAAGGNNGCCUUCGGCAAGCGCUCUUAG